AUGGCGUCUCGCGGCCCAGAAAGCGAACUCAAUCGAGACACCAACUCGUUGCGCAAGGAGGCGCGCACGAAGAAGGAGCUCCGGCUGGUAGAGGAAGACAGCGCACGGCGGCGGUCGCUGGCGACGAUGGCAGAACACCUGAUGCAGCCAGCGACGGUGCACUCCCUAGAGGUUCACGGGGCCCGCAACACGCGGCGGUCAUUUUUGGACCCGGUCCUGCAGCCGCUCGUGGACUCGGGCCGCAAUGUGGGAACGACGCUGGGGGACGUGCUGACGGAGGUGCAAGAGGCCGUGAGCAAGCUGGAGCGAUUUGACAUCUUCAAGCCGGCUCCCACGGUGCACCUGUCGGACGCGCGAGCCCGUGAUCCCCAGGCCGCGGCCACGGACCUGGACAUUGCCAUCCGGGUGGCUGAGCAGCCGCGGUUCCGGCUCAACACCGGCACAGACCUGGGCAACACCGAGGGUUCAGCCUACGGCAACCUGCUGUGGCGCAAUAUGUUUGGCGGUGCCGAGACACUCUCGCUCAGCGCGCGGGCUGGCACGCGCACGCGCUCGGCCUACAGCGCGGCGUUGUCGGCGCCGCUGGCCAGCAACCCGGAUCUGGUCGUCACGCUCGAGGGUCUCGCCUCGGCCACCCAGAAGCCGUGGGCCAGCCACGAGGAGGCCCUGCAUGGCGGUUCCCUGCGUCUCGGCUGGCGCUCGGCCGCCGGCCAUGUCCAUAGCUUCGCCUACUCGUCCACAUGGCGCCAGGUUACCGGGCUUGCCGGCACCAGUGCUUCUCCGUCUGUCCGCGCCGACGGCGGCGACUCGCUCAAGGCUGCCCUCGCCCACACGUUUGUCUGCGACCGUCGCGACAGCCCGCUGCUGCCCCAACAGGGCUAUCUCGUCCGCACGGCCGCCGAGCUCGCCGGUUGGGGUCCUCUCGGCGGCGAUGUCUCCUUUGCCAAGGCCGAGGCCGAGCUGUCCGGCGCCUUGCCCGUGUCGUUGCCAUUUUCGUCUUCGUCUUCGUCUUUGUCUUUUCCUUCCCCCUCGGGCAUCUCCGUUGGAGCCGGUCUUCGCGCUGGCCUCAUGUACCCCCUCCCCUUUGGCUACAAAGUCCUUUCCGGCACUGCCGCGCCCAGCCGCAUCAACGAUCGCUUUCUGCUUGGCGGCCCGUCCGACGUGCGCGGCUUCAAGAUCGGCGGCCUCGGCCCUCACGAUGGUGCUGAUGCUGUCGGUGGUGAUGUCUUUGCUGCUGGCGGCAUCAACGCCCUGCUGCCCGUCACGCGUGCUGGCGCCGCCUCGCCGCUGCGCCUGCAGCUCUUCGCCAACAGUGGCUGCCUCGUCGCCCUGCGCCACCGCAAGACCAAGACGCCCGACGAAGGUCCGCCGGCGCUGCACUCGGAUGCCGUCGCCCGCAGCGUCGUCGCCGCCGUUCAGGACCUCGCCAAUGGCCUCCCCAGCACGGCUGUCGGCUUCGGCCUUGUGUACGCACAUCCUGUCGCCCGCUUCGAGCUCAACUUCAGCCUCCCGCUCGUGCUGCGCCGUGGCGAGGAGAGCCGCAAGGGCCUACAGGUCGGCGUGGGCAUCAACUUUCUGUAG